AUGGCGGCCGACGCCCCCAGUACCCUUCCGGUUCAGCUGGUAGAGCAGCCCAGAUUGCAGAAGCUGAAGGAGAUGUUUAUAUCAAAAUUUGGAUCAGCUCCCAAGUUUUAUGUUCGUGCACCAGGGCGAGUCAACUUAAUAGGAGAACAUAUAGACUACUGUGGUUAUGCUGUGCUCCCUAUGGCCAUAGAACAAGAUAUACUGAUUGCAGUAGAACCUGUAAAAACUCAAGUUGUCCAGCUGGCAAAUACCAAUUCUUUGUACUUGGAUUUCAGUGCUAGUGUUAAUAACAUUCAGAUUAACAAAACCAAACCUCAGUGGCAUAACUACUUCCUUUGUGGACUGAAGGGUAUUCAGGAACAUUUUGGUCUUAAUAACCCAACUGGAAUGAAUUGUCUGCUAGAUGGAACCAUCCCUCCAAGUUCUGGUCUCUCUAGCUCCAGUGCUUUGGUGUGCUGUGCAGGACUCGUGACACUAACAGCUAAUGGAAAAAUCCUCUCUAAGGUGGAACUUGCAGAAAUUUGCACAAAGAGUGAACGUUACAUUGGCACAGAAGGUGGAGGAAUGGACCAGUCUAUCUCUUUUCUGGCAGAAGAAGGAACUGCCAAGUUGAUAGAGUUCAGUCCUCUGAGGGCAACUGAUGUUAGACUGCCAAGUGGAGCAGUGUUUGUUAUUGCUAACAGUUGUGUUGAAAUGAAUAAAGCAGCAACUUCUCAUUACAAUAUUAGGGUAAUGGAGUGUCGUCUGGCUACAAAGCUUCUCUCAAAGUCAAAAGGCUUGGACUGGAAAAAAACAGUGCGACUCCAUGAUGUGCAAACCAAGCUAGGAGUUAGCCUAGAGGAAAUGCUGACCAUUGUUGAGGAGGUAUUACAUCCUGAGCCUUACAGCACAGAGGAAAUUUGUAAAUGCCUGGGAAUUAGCCUGGAGGAGCUCCGCGCUCAGAUCCUUAGUCAGAACACGCAAGAUGUUUCCAGCUUUAAGCUAUACCAGCGUGCAAAGCAUGUGUACAGUGAAGCUGCCAGAGUGAUGGAAUUUAAGAAGAUAUGCAGCAAAGCACCUGCCAAUGCAAUCCAGCUGCUGGGAGAAUUAAUGAACCAGAGCUAUAUCAGCUGCAGGGAAAUGUAUGAGUGCAGCUGUCCUGAACUGGAUCGGCUGGUAGACAUAUGCCUACAAUUUGGGGCCAUUGGGUCACGUCUGACUGGAGCUGGCUGGGGUGGCUGCACUGUGUCAAUGGUGCCUACUGACAAGCUGAACGCUUUCCUAAAAAAUGUGAAAAAAGCUUACUACCAAACGGAUGUCCAAAGGUUAGCACUGGAGAAUAAUAGUCUGUUUGCUACCAAACCUGGAAGAGGAGCUUUGGUUUUUGUUGAGGCCUAAAGAACGUAAAAAUGUUAAAGAAACUAU